CGGAGAGGACGUGUGGAUAUUGGAAAUUGGAAAGAUAAUUUCAAAGAAAACCUAUGCAAGUCAAUAGUCCUGUCAAUAGAAAUGGGAUCAUCCAAGAUCCAGGCCCAACUCACAAAGGACACAUGUAUUCACAUCCUAUCAGGUGCAGCAGCCUGAAAUGCACCAGGGCUGACUGUCGCCACACUAAUCAUGGUGAAGGUGGGUAAAUCUCCCGCCGAAUAUUCGGACGUCUCGUCGGAGGCUCUGAGCGAGCCGGAGGCCGGCGAGAUUCAGAGUGACGACAGCGUCCAUGACGAUCUGUCCGAGGGGGAGGUGUCUCCCGGCUCGCCGGUCCCGCCUCCGGUGCGCCGGCCGCCGCCGCCGGCCGCCCCCGGUCUGGGGCCCGCCCCAGGCGCCUACGGCCGGCCUCCGUCUCGCUCGCCGAGCGCCGAGCGACAGCGGGCGCGCGACAAGCGCAAACGACGCCACCGCGAGCGCGACGGCAGCGCGAAGCGGCGUCGCCGCCGGAGCCGCUACUCUGCCAGCCCGGACGCCCGGCUGCCCAGCGCCAGUCCCAUCUCGUCCGGGGACGACGUCGGCUCGGCGCUGCCGCCGCGGGACGGCGCGCUCAGCCCGGAGCAGCCGCCGCCGCCGCCGCCCGCCCGGCGCCGCGCCAGUCUGGGCGGCGCCAGCCCGUUCAGCUCCAACUCGGAGGGCGGCAUCCCCGACUCGCCGAACGGCGAGGUGGCCCGGCCGGCGGGCCGCGGCCGCUCGCCGUCCUACGCCGACGCCGGAGGCCGCGGCGGGCGCGGGCGGCGGCUGACACCACCGUCGGCCGAGAAACGCCGCAAGUCGCGCUCCCGCAGCCACGAGCGCGAGCGGAGGAAGCGCUCACCAGUCAGUCGCAGUCGCAGCCGCUCGCCCAGCCGAUCGUCGCGGCAUCGCGUCGAGUACGACUGCGAGCCGUCGCCGCCGCUGCAGCGGGACGGCCCCUUCCUGAUCCCGCCGCCGCCGCCGCCUCUGCCGCCCGGUAUGCUGCCCUUCCGACCGUGCCGGCCGUGGGUGCCCGGUCCGUUCGGGCCGCGCCCGCUCGAUCCCCGCCUGCCACCGUUCAUGCAUCCAAUGGCCGGCCCGAUGGGACCACGCGGACCCAUGUUCGGGCCGCCGAGACCACCGUUCGGGCCGCGCUGGGGCGCACCGUGGCCGCCGUUUCGCGGUCCGAUGGGUCCUGGUCCUCCUGGUCCUCCCGGACCGCCUGGUCCGCCUGGUCCUUAUGGUCCCGGUGGACCUUGCUGGCCGUCAGGACCUCGGUUCGUCCCCGGGUAUGGUCAAGAUCGGCCGGAACCGGAGCGAGAGCGAGAGUCGGAGCCGGAGGAGUUCGGAACGCCGUGUGACACUAACCGGGAGCCGGGCUCCAUUCGCGAACGUUCGCACAAACGCCGCAGUCACGAUCAUGACUCACGUAGAAGAGAGAAGAACAGAGACAGCCGUUCGAGCUCCCCGCGAGACGAUGGACAAAGGAUAAAAGACGAGGAAAAGGUGGAACGGCGAAAGAAAAGGGAAAGAUCGUCAGGUCAUAGAACAGAUUCAGAUGCAGUGUCAGAUGAUCAAUGUGAGGUGGCUGAAGGCUCGGAGGAGAUUUCACACAAAUCUCGCAGAAGUUCGAAGAUGCAUUCUAGCUCACCGGAGCAAAAGUCGAGUAGAAGGGCGAAAGACUCGCCAAAUUUGACCGAGUCGCCUGAUCGCAGAGAUUCGCAAAACAAGCAAGAGAACACUGAUGGAGGAGACCGUUCGAAAAUAACUCGGCGAGGAAAAGCACGCAGAAACAACCGCGAGGGUUCUGAGAGCUCUCCAAAAAAGGAGUUAAAAGGUGAAGCGGAAGACGACAAUUCAGAUGAAGAUGCUACCAGACGCUCUCCUGGGAAGCGUCUCAAAUCGACGAAGAAGCGCUCGAACUCAGGUCUUCAGACAAGUCGCAAGACGGGCAAAGGAUUAGGCUCGAAGAAAACCUCGACAAAGGACAAAAGUGGCGCGCCAAAAACUAUUACGAGAGAAGACACACACCUAGGAUCUCGGUCAGAUAGCGAUGGAGAGAUGGAAAGUCUUGUGGAGCCAAGAGCAGACCGAAAAGUAAAUGAAAGAAGACUUGAUCCAAGGACAACGGGGAAACAGAGUCCAGCAGCAGCACUUAAGAAAGAUUCUUGCAGAAGUGCAUGCGGUUCUUGUUCUGAUUCUCGCAUUAAGUCUCCAGAAACCCCUCGCAAAGACGUCCGCAAAAAUUUUCAUUCAGAUCCUAGUGGAGAACAGCACAGUAAAUCAGAUGAUCGCUCAGACAUUCGGAUGGUUUCUCGCAAGCAGUCUCGCACAGAUCUUCACACGGAUCCUCGCACAGAUCCUCGCAUAGAUCCUCGCGCAGAUACUCGCACUGAUCCUCGUACAGAUCGGAGAGAUUCUCGCGCAGAUCCUCGCACAGCUUCUCGAAUAGAUCCUAGCACAGAUCCUCGAACAGAUCUUCGCACAGAUCCUAGUACAGAUCCUCGCACAGAUCCUCGCACGGAUCCUCGCACGGAUCCUCGCACAGAUCUUCGCACAGAUCUUCGCACAGAUCUUCGCACAGAUCCUCGCACGGAUCCUCGCAUGGAUCCUCGCACAGAUUCCCGCACCGAUCCUCGUAUAAAUCAUCGCACCGAUCCUCGCCCAGAUCCUCGCACAGAUCCUCGCACGGAUCCUCGUACAGCUUCCCGCCCAGAUUCUCGCACAGAUCCUCGAACAGAUCCGCGCGCUUCCCCUGCAAACGUUCCUCAAGACCCACGAACGAUUGCGCGUGGGAGAGAGCCUAACUACAACUUACAGGGAGAUGAGAGACGUCAGGAGCUACAAUCUGGCCGAGAGGGAAGAACUACGCCGGAGCGAAUAACAACGAGACUUAGGACGCGUGAAAUAAUGCAAAACUCUGAGAAACGCAAUGAAGGCCCUUGGUAUGAAACCAGGAGCCGGACAAAGCAGAGCAGCUUGCCUAAUGACGCGUAUCACUGGAGACGCGAUAGAGAUACCGGAAGUCGGAAUCGCAGUGGUGCGGAAGGCGAAGACAGCCCGGAAAAUCCCUGGCGCUGGAAGGCCAAGAAAACUAGGAAAGCUAGUCCUCGUCGCGGGAGUGAUGAAGAAAGGCGAAGAUCGUCUGAAGAACGCCAGGACAAGCGAGAAAAGCAAGACUCGAACGAUGAUCGAGAAAUCGCCAGCUUUAGAAGAAGAGUUUAUCGAACACGGUCUACAGACGCUCAGAGUUACCGUAUCGAAGUGGAUGUGAAUAGAGACUCACCUCGAGCAAGUGCGAGGCGAUACACGAGAGAGGAAAGCUCAACAGGGAGACGGGGUCGUGGGUCCUACCGGGGUCGCAGAGGACGCGGUUACUUCCCUAGAGGCGCACGAAACUGGUCUCUUCGUGGUGGGCCGCGUGAUCGUUGGGGAAGCCCGAAUGACGACGGCCAUCAGGAAAACGAGAGAAGGGGUGGUCUCCGCUCUCGACAUGGUGAAGUGAGUCCCGGUUCCAGCCCUCAUAGUCCAACAAGUCUCCGCAGCUCUGUACGCAUUGUCCGAAGUACCAACUCUAGUGGGAAAAGCGCUUCCGAACGAGACGAUGCCGAGGAGCGCUGGCUUCAGGGACACACGCCGUGCGACCGGUUGACGAGGAGUAGGUCACGGCGUCUGUCGGACCCUCAGGGAGGCCGGAGUCCUUCACCUCAGGGAAGGAGGACACGAAGCAGCUCAAAGCCCUUCGCUGAGGAACUGGGGUCACCAGGUCGCGAAACCGCUGGAAGGAUGUAUGGGGACAGAGAUCGGCACUAUGCUGGUCAGAGAGGACAGGUCGCCGAUCCUCGACUGGCAAGAGAAAGGUGGACACAGUCGGAGCGCAACGUCUUGGAUACUGAAGUAGGAAACCAAGACUCAGAUGGACCAUAUGACAGAAUGCGUUCAAGCUCCAAGCAGAAAUCCAGACGUCGAACAAGAGACGCGUCCGAGAGCCCAACUCGUCGGUCGUCUCGUCGCUCCGGCUGGAACACGGAAACAAGCUUUCUAUCAAAGCAAGGCGAGAACCGUGGUGACAACAGCAAUGAUGACAAGAACAGCACUGAGAGUGGCUCAUCAACAUCGGAGUCGGACGAUUCUGAAGAUUCUGAGGACAGUAGUUCAUCGGAGGCGAGCUUUUCAAGCAGUGAAAGCGAGUCUCACACGGCGUCCCUUCCCAGUCCGAACAUCUCACUCUCAGUCAGUGGCGAGGACGACGACGAUGAAGUAUCAGCGGAGCACUGGACGGUUACCGAUAUCCUAAAGGACCCUUCCGAGAGCGACUUGGAGGCGGAUGGAGAUUUAUCAAAGACAGUCGGCCCAGUGGAGAUGGACAAGACAGCCGAAGGCGAGCCCAGACGUGAUGUCAAGGGUGCAGUUGCAGAAAGUGCAGUUAGCUCAGUGUUGAAAGACGAGGAUGCGGAUCAAAAACAGACAGAAAAGGGUAUGUCUGAGCGAGACGAGGAAAAGGGGGUGCUCGUCACAGUGACAGGCCGAGGCGAAACACGCUCCAGUACUGCCGAGGACAGUGUCGUUCCUUGCCCUCGCCGGGAGGAUGGUUCUGAUGUUACAGCACCGGUCGACGAUGACGCCGUUCCUAGCGAUGACACUGCUGACUUGCCUGUGAGCAGCGAGCCCGCCCCCAAGGUCGGACAGGUCGGCAGACAAAGAAAUACUAACGUGCGAACGGGUCAGCUUGAUACGUCUGGUGCACCUGUAAACGAUGCAGUUGAAACUGAUGAAACGAAUUGUUCGGGACCUGAGGAAACGAAGUCGGUCAAAGUCUGCGGCGAAAACUCCUCAACUGCCAGCAACGGCUCUACCAAAGCUCCGAGCACCUCUGACAAUUCAAAAGAUCAUGUACUAAUUGCAGACGAAGUGCAUGCCCGUGAAAGGAAAGAACAUUCAUCAACCGACGAUCAUUUGACUUCCUGCGAUACAGAAGCUGCUUCAACCAAUAACGAUGCGACACAUCGGGACGCGGGCGGAGAAGCCGCUCCUGCCACCGCUGAUGAUCAUCACAAGCUUUCAGACUGUCCGAGCUCUCCCCUCGAUGAACGCGACUCGGAGGGGUCCAGCCCGCCAGGCAGUCCCGGUCCGGAGUGCGGUGGUCCGGAGCCAGUGGCUGGCCUGCUGGAGCGCGCGCGACACCUCAUGUCCAGCCAGCUGACUAGGAUGUGCGCGUCGCCGCCGGCGCUGGCCCACAUGAGCGCCGACGAGGACGAGAUUCCCCCCGACGAGGACGAGAUCCCGGCCUCGCAGUUCGAGGAGUCUCCGGCGGGCCGGUGCGACUCGCCGCCGCCUUCCUCCGCCUCAUCCUCCACCGACAGGUUUAGGAGGAAUUACUCCCGAUCUCGGAGCAGAAGUCCCGGCAGAGGGAAGCGCAGCUCCCGCAGCUCUCCUUACAACAGGAAACGGCCAAGGCGGCGGUCCCGCUCUCCAGUUCCUGCCUACUCGGGGCGGCCAUCCUACGGGGGCGGACGGUACUCCCCGCCUCCGCCGCCGCCACCACCACCGCCGCCCCAGUCCGGUCGUCGCGGCGCCACCUCUGCCAAAACGCUUAACAAAAUGUCCGAGACAUCCCUGUACGCUGAGCUUGUGAAGCAGAAGAAGAUUCGAGAGAAGGCUCUCCGUGUGGUGUCUGGAUUCCAGCAGUCGGAUGAUGGCAAGGAGAAGGAGAACGUGUACCCGGACGGGGACGGCUCCGGCCGAGACCUGGCUGACGGCGCCGACCAGCUGGAGACCAUCGAGUCAUCGCCGGAGGUGUACACGCCCGAACAGGAGCCGCGCCGGUGCGAGGGGCGCGGCCGCGUGCGCAGCCCGCCGUCCCGCCGCCGAGGCGGCACCCCGCCCCUGCCGCCCGGACACAGGAGGGGAGGAACACCCCCGCUGCCGCCAUCGCACCGGCGCGGCGGGACACCGCCCCUGCCGCCCGGCAGGCGGGGAGGCACGCCGCCACUUCCCCCGAGUCACAGGCGGGGAGGUACGCCCCCACUGCCGCCCAGUCACAGGCGGGGAGGUACUCCGCCGCUGCCUCCCGGCCAUAGGAGAGGGGGCACCCCGCCACUGCCGCCUCCGAGCCAUAGGAGAGGAGGCACGCCGCCGCUACCGCCGCCUAACCGCCAGGGCCGCUCUGCCGCCGUCCGGCCAGUAGUGCCCGGUACUGAGGAGCUCUCCCCAGACGAGGACGGACCUCUGACCCCGCCGCCGCCGCGGCCGUCAGCAGCGGCGAGCCGCGCGCCGCAGCCCCGCCUGCAGCGGCCCAACAUCAUACACAGGCGGCGAGAGAGUGAGAACAAAACGUGGGGUGAUCGGUGUGUGGAUGCGUUCGAGCUGAUAGCCCAGGUCGGCCAGGGUACCUACGGCCAGGUGUACAAAGCCAGGGACUGCGAGACCGGUGAGGUUGUUGCGUUGAAGAAGGUGCGAUUGGAGAAUGAGAAGGAGGGAUUUCCUAUUACGGCUGUGAGAGAGAUCAAGAUCUUGCGACAACUGAACCACAAGAACAUAGUUAAUAUUAAGGAGAUUGUUACGGACAAACAAACUGCGGUGGACUUCCGGAAGGACAAGGGUUCAUUUUACCUGGUGUUUGAGUACAUGGACCACGACCUGAUGGGCCUGCUCGAGUCGGGCAUGGUGGACUUUGACGAGCCGUCCAACGCCAGCAUCAUGCGCCAGCUGCUCGAGGGGCUCAACUACUGCCACCGGAAAAACUUCCUCCACAGGGAUAUUAAGUGCAGCAAUAUUUUGCUCAACAACAAGGGUCACGUGAAGCUGGGCGACUUCGGUCUGGCCCGUCUGUACAACGCCGAGGAGUCUCGUCCGUACACCAACAAGGUGAUCACGCUGUGGUACCGGCCGCCGGAGCUGCUGCUCGGGGAGGAGCGCUACGGGCCGGCUGUGGAUGUCUGGAGCUGCGGCUGCAUCCUCGGCGAACUCUUCCAGAAGAAACCGCUCUUCCAGGGCGCCAACGUGGAGAUUGCCCAGCUGGAGAUGAUCUCCCGGCUGUGCGGCUCCCCGUGUCCGUCCGUCUGGCCGGAGGUGGUCCGGCUACCCCUGUGGAGCACCCUCCGACCCAAGAAGCCCUACCGGCGGCGCCUCAAGGAGGAGUUCUGGCACAUGCCCUCGGCCGCGCUCAGCCUCAUGGACAAGAUGCUCGAGCUCGAUCCGAAGAAUCGGAUAUCGGCCGAUGACGCGCUCAAGAGUCCCUGGCUGAAGAACAUCAACUCGGACAAGCUGCCCCCUCCCAACUUCCCCGAGGGCCAGGACUGUCACGAGAUGUGGUCCAAGAACCGGCGCCGCCAGCAGCGGGACCAGAUGGAGGGCUCGCGACCGGACAGCGCCGCCUCGGCGAGGGAGCGGGGCGCGGCGCCGGCCACCGACUCGGCACGGACAUCGCCGCGGUCGGCGCGGCCUGAGUCGUCGCGGGACAACUCAGACAGUCAACCGGUGUCGACCACCACCUCUCCACACACACCUCCCCCGCCGGCGGCGCCCGCACCGCCGCCGCCGCCGCCGCCCGCCGCCGACAGCGGCUCCCUGCGCUCCCUGCUUCAGCAGCUCAUAGACCUGCUGGCAGAAGGCGAGCCGGUCACCUGCGAACACAUCACCAACAUCGUGCAUUGUGAGGUGGACGCGGUGACCCAGCGGCUGCUGGAGCCGGUGAACGCCCAGCUGUUAGUGGCUGCCUCAGAGGCCGGCGCCCGCCUGGAGCCCGGUCUGCGCGUGCUGGGCCGCACCGGGCUGGCGGCGCCCCAGCUGCGCCUGGCGCUGGCAGCCCUGGUGCGCCACUGCGGGCUGGGUCCGCUGCCGCCCUGAGCGGCCGGCCGGCCCGUCCCCCCCCCCAUCCCCGCACUGUUAUAUUGUGAUGAUCCGGCGGGCGCCGACAGCAGCGGCGCCCGGGACUGCAUUCUCUUGCUUGUUGCGUGACUGCUCUGUAUCGUAGGUGUUAAUAAAUUGGUUGACGGCCGUCUCCGCAAGCGUU